GACUGUAUGUUAGGGCCAAUGAGUGGGCGGUUCUUACAGAGAGAUUGUUGUGUUUUGAAAGUGUUUUGAAUUGUCAUCUGUUUUGUUGUGACCACUUGUGAGGCCCGUUGGAAGCGAUGAGUGACUUAUUAGAGUCGAGUUGUGGCCAGUGUUUGGUCCGUUUGGUGAGUCGUGGAAACGCUAUAAUCGCCGAACUCUUGCGUCUGUCAGAAGUGGUGCCACAAGUGUUCCGAUUGGACACAAAGUCGGAUCAGACGAAGUACUCGGACGUGAUCUCAGACUUCAGUUACUUCAAGAUCUGUGACUCUUAUGACAACCGAAUUGAAUCCAAUCCUCAACUCCUCGAUAGGGACGAAGAGUUUCGCGAAAAUUACAUCGAAAUACUGACCCGUUUUUAUCUGGUCUUCGAAAGUGUCCACAGAUUUACCGUUGAUAUCAACCGAUUCAUCGACGAUCUCGAAGAGGGUGUGUAUAUUCAGCAGACACUGGAAGCGGUGCUUCUGGACAACGACGGCAAACAAUUGCUGUCCGAAGCGUUAUAUCUGUGCGGAGCGAUGCUUCUGGUGGUCGACCAUCGCAUCGACGGACUCGUGAGGGAACGGAUUCUGGUCUCGUAUUACCGCUACAGCGCUCAGAGGGCGACCUCCGACUCAAACAUCGACGACGUCUGCAAUCUGUUGCGAAGCACUGGUUAUACGCCUUCCGGCAAACGUCCGCUCAAUUAUCCCGAAGACUACUUCAAACGCGCGCAGAUUCGGCCGAUUCUGGUCUCACUAGUGAUCGGGAGAAUGAGAUCCGACGACAUCUACAACCAAAGCGGUGCUUACCCUCAGCCGCAACACAGGAGUGUAGCGCUCGCCACACAAGCCGUCAUGUUAUUCACCGCUUUGUACUUCUCCUCCGAUAUACUGCACAACGAAUCGGCGACUAUGAGAGAGAUUGUGGACAAGUUCUUCGCCGACAAUUGGGUGAUCAGUGUUUAUAUGGGAAUUGUUGUCAAUUUGGUCGAAGAGUGGGAGCCCUACAAAGCGGCCAAAUUGGCGCUCAAUAACACGAUUGAUCCCAAAAACAUUAAACACCAUUCAAACAGACAUCACGAGAAGAUUGUCAAACUUUUGCCACAAUUGCAACAACUGCUCAAAGAGGGGGCACUCACUGAAGACGUAGUGCUCGACAAUGUCUCCAAACUGAUGAAUAUUAUCCGCGAAUGUAAUGUCACUCUUCGGUGGUUAACACUCCACACAUGUUAUCAUAACAUCAGUGAAGCGAAUAGUAUUGUUAGCAAAAAAUGCAAACAAUUAAAAGAUUUAGUGAUAGCGGAGAGUAAAUACGAUCCGUUACUUGUGUUUCAAUUGCUAUUAAAUACGGCUGAGUUUGAGCUGAAGAUCAAAGAGAUGUAUAGACAGCUAUUGAACGAUAAACUCGGAAAAUGGCAUUUCUGUAAAAAAGAGAGCUUUGAAAGGAUUAAAGAGUUGGCAGAAGUCUUCUCCGGCAAUAAACCGCUCACUCGAGUCGAGAAGAACGCAAAUCUGGAGCAAUGGUUGACCGAAAUGUCGAAACAAAUCGAUGGCUUGACAUUCGAUGAGACGAAUGCGACGAAUAGAAAGACUAUACAAUUAAUUCAGGCGCUCGAAGAGGUGCAAGAGUUUCAUCAAUUGGAGAGCAAUCUACAGGUGCGACAGUUUCUCAAUGAUAGCCAAAAAUUGCUUCACUGUAUGAUUAAAACACAUAAUAUCAAAGAAGAUGUAUUGAUUACACUUCAAAUAGUGGGCGACCUAUCGUACGCCUGGAAGAUAAUCGACACGUCGUUCACGCGGUAUAUGCAGUCCGGCAUUAAAAGAGAUCCGACUCUAGUCAUCAAACUUAGGGCCACUUUCCUGAAGUUGGCCUCAGCUCUCGAUAUGCCUUUGCUUCGCAUAAAUCAGGCCUCGAGUCCUGACUUAGUCUCUGUGUCUCAAUACUAUUCGUCCGAAUUAGUGUCUUAUGUCCGCAAAGUUCUUCACAUUAUCCCCGAAACGAUGUUCAGUCUAAUGGCGCGUAUAAUUGAAUUACAAACAAAUCGUAUCAAAGAAUUGCCGACUCGUCUAAUGAAAGACCAAUUGAAGGCUUACUCGCAAUUGGAAGAGAGACACGAAGUGGCAAAACUCACUCAUUCAAUAUCGGUGUUCACUGAAGGCAUUCUCGCUAUGAAGACAACACUCGUCGGAAUCAUUCAAAUCGAUCCAAAAAGACUGCUCGAAGACGGCAUUCGACGAGAAUUAGUGAUACAAACGGCGAACGCUCUCCACAGAGGGCUCGUCUUCAACGCGAAGGCCCGGACGAGUGAACUCGUGCCUAAACUCAAAGCCUUAGCGCAAGUGAUGGAUGGCUUUCGGCGAUCGUUUGAAUACAUUCAGGACUAUGUGUGCAUAUAUGGCCUGAAGAUGUGGCAGCAGGAGGUCUCACGCAUUGUCAACUAUAAUGUCGAACAGGAAUGCAAUGCUUUUAUGCGCCAUAAAGUGCUCGAUUGGCAGAGUGUUUAUCAGUCAAAGUCUAUACCAAUCCCUAAAUUCUUGCCAUUAGAUCCAUAUUCUGUCAAUUUUAUCGGUCGACUCGCGCGGGAACUCUUGAGAAUGACUGAUCCCAAGACCACAAUAUACGUGCACUCAAUGAGUACGUGGUUUGACAAUAAAACUCACAUCGAAGUCGUCGAUUCAAAACUGUUCCCUUUAAUGAUGAAAAGCAUCGGAACCGCCGGAAUCAAUGGUUUGGAUCGUUUGAUAUCAUUCAUGAUUGUGACAGAAAUCCAAAGUAUUCUCCAAUACAUUGACAGACAUUUUACAAAAGACAAAGUGUGGCAACAAAUGCUAUUAGAUAUCAAUGAAAAUUUAGAGGCAAUCGAUGGGAAAAUUACAGCGACACAUUUUACGCGUAUCUUCGGGACAGCGCUGACCAAAGCAACGAAACCAUUGCCCGUUGUGUUUGACGCGAUCGCACGUAUCGGACAAAUGCAAAUAAUUCGGUGUAAUAUCGGACACGAAUUGAACACAAGUUGUAAAUUUCAAUCCAGACAUUUGGCUAACGCUCUCCAAACACUUAAUCAAGCAAUACUCUGUGAUUUGGAGCAUCACUGCAAUACAUCCGAGAAGUCAUUUCUCAAAGAAGACACUCCAUUGCUCUUCGAACUGACCAACUAUUUGGAGUGGACCGGCAUUUCAGACCCCAUAUCUAAGAUAUACAUCACUUCAAGAGUACCGCCAUAUCUAGAAUUAAUAUCAUUUUUGUUGACAAUCACACAAAUGGGAAAAUUUGUUUACAUUAAAGCCAUCAAUGGAUUGACGGCAAAGAAAGGCAGCGAUCACUCGGACGGACUGCCAUUCGUGUUGGGAAUGAUUACAUUCUUGAGACAAUUCCAUGAGAAGACAACCCAUCAGUUUAUAGCCCAUUGCUCUCAAUAUGUUUGCGCACAAACAGAGAUACAAACAGCUCUCAGUUCACCGAAAGUGACAGAAAUAUCCUCCGAGGCGUACAAUACUCUGGAAUUUUUGGAUCAUUUCAUUCGUUUCGCUGGUCUUCAACGUAAACUCGUUGUCCAGAAUAUACCGGACUUUGUCUUCGAUCAGUUCCACUCCAUUCCCAAUCCAAUCAAAUGA